AUGAACAACAACAGCAGCAAAGUACAGAUACGAGAAUCGCUGGGCAUGGAGGUGGACGGAACCACGGUCGAGGGCAGGCGGGGCUACCUAAUCACCCGAACGACGCUAAUGGUUACGACGGCCAUCGUGUGCUGUCUGCUGCUCGGUUCAGGACUUUUAAUUUAUCACUCUUCGUCGUGCAGCGAGCAGCAACACUAUCACGCCGCCCAUCAGCACCCGCCACCGUGCGACCAUCAUCAGCAUCCAAUCUCGAACCACAACCAGCCGCAUCAUCAACAACCACACCAGCCAGUUGAGGUGCCGCAUCAGGAUACGGCGUCUUCGAAAAAAUGGGAAGAUUCACCAGCCACGGUCCCCGUGAGCCGGGAGGACGGCAGUACGGUAACUGACAGCCCGAACCGGAUGGAAAACGGGACGACCCCGGCCGUUACUGUGACCGAGAAGGAGCCGGUUACACCAUCGGAACCGUCGGAAAACUUACGCUUGCCCCGAUCGAUCGAACCCAUCGCUUACGACAUUCAGCUUACGCCGUGGCUGGAGGAGGACAACUUUACGUUCACCGGCACGGUCGAGAUUCUGAUCCGCGUGAAGGAACGCUGCAACAACGUGACUCUGCACGCGGCCGCACUCCGCAUUUUCGAUGCCACGGUCGCGCGGCACCGGAUUGCAAGCCCCGAGGACCCGGCCGAUCUGAGUGAGGAAGAAACGGACGAACCGGACCAUAACUCAACCGGCACCGAUUUUGCGGAGCAGUUUGUCGAAAUCGAUCACAAUGUCACCGUGGCCAGCAAGCAGUUCUACGUGCUGGUGCUCAAGGAAGAUCUCGAACAGGGCGCUCAGUAUGUGGUGCGGAUCCGUUACGAGGGUAUCCUGAACGACUAUCUGCAAGGGUUCUACCGCAGCUCGUACACAGCCAACAAUGAGACAAAAUGGAUUGCCACCACACAGUUUCAGCCAACCGAUGCCCGGCGUGCGUUUCCGUGCUUCGAUGAGCCGGCCCUGAAGGCACGCUUCAAUAUCAGUAUCGCGCGGACGAAGGAUAUGAUUUCGCUCUCGAACAUGCCCCGACUUCAGUCAUACGAUGCAAAGGAACCGGAACUGCGGGGCUACGUUUGGGACGUGUACCAACAGUCGGUACCGAUGUCCACCUAUCUGGUGGCGUUUGUCGUGUGUGACUACGUCAACAUUUCGAGCGGCAACUUCUCCGUCUGGGCGCGGGCCGACGCAAUCCGGUCGGCCCGCUACGCACUGAGCGUCGGUCCGAAGCUGCUCAAGUUUCUCGAAGGUUUCUUUCACAUCGACUACCCCCUGCCGAAGCUUGACAUGAUUGCCUUACCCGACUUUAGUGCUGGCGCGAUGGAAAACUGGGGACUGAUCACGUACCGUGAGACGGCCAUGCUGUACGAGGAGAAUGUGUCGGCCAUCAGCAACAAGCAGCACGUGAUCACGGUGGUCGCGCACGAACUCGCUCACCAAUGGUUCGGUAAUCUCGUGACACCGUCCUGGUGGACGGAUCUCUGGCUGAACGAAGGUUUCGCCAGCUACAUGGAGUAUCUGGGGGUGGACGCGGUCGAACCGGGCUGGAAGUCGAUGGAGCAGUUCGUGGUGAACGAGCUGCACAAUGUUUUUUCGCUGGACGCCCUCUCGUCGUCGCACCAGAUCUCGGUGGAGGUGCACAAUCCCGAGGAGAUUCAUGAAAUUUUCGACAAAAUAUCCUACGGCAAGGGUGCCACCAUCAUCCGGAUGAUGGACCACUUCCUGACGACCGAUGUGUUCAAGCGCGGUCUCACCAACUAUCUGAACUACAAAAAGUAUCAGAGUGCCAAUCAGGACGAUCUGUGGGAGUAUCUAACGAACGAAGCGCGGCGCGGUGCAAUCUUCGACGAGCACACGUCGGUGAAGGAAAUCAUGGAUACCUGGACGCUGCAGACCGGCUUUCCGGUCGUAUCCGUUCGCCGGGACUACGAAACGGACAGCAUCGUGCUUCGGCAGAGCCGAUUCUCCUUGGGGAGCACCGCGCGGAAGAACGCGGUGAACGGCACUCACGCCGCCGGGGACCGGGUGCUCUGGUGGAUUCCGAUUACCUACACCACGCUCGGCGAGAGCAACUUCCGCGAAACGAAGCCCAACAUCUGGAUGAAGGCGGAAGAGACGCUGGUUAUCAGCAAUCACGACAUUCCCAGCCACGAUUGGAUGAUUGUCAACCUGCAGCAAACCGGGUACUAUCGGGUGAACUACGACGAGCGCAACUGGCAAAUGAUCGUUACCCAUCUGCAAGACAGGGACAAGCACGGAACGAUUGCCGCCACCAAUCGGGCUCAGCUGAUUGAUGAUGCCCUCAAUUUGGCACGUGCCGGCUAUCUGGAUUACACGGUGGCGCUGAACGUGACCCGCUAUCUGGUCCACGAAACCGACUACGUACCCUGGAAGGCGGCCAUUUCGGCACUAAACUACAUCGACUCGAUGCUGGUACGAACGCGCCACUAUGGAGCUUUCAAGAAAUAUUCCAUGGAGCUAAUGGAAAACAUUUACAACCAAGUGGGUUUCGAGGAUCACCGGGACGACCCACUGUUGAAGGUUUACAAGCGCAUCAGCGUACUGAAGGCGGUCUGCCAUCUGGGGAGCAAGGACUGCGUGAAUCACUGCAUCCGCAAGUACUACGAAUGGAUGCACGAUCCCAAUCCGGACAUCAACAACCCGGUUUCACCGAACCUUAAGAGCACGGUUUACUGCACGGCGAUCAAGUAUGGAGACGAAACGGAGUGGAACUUUGCCUGGGAACGCUUCCAGCGGGCAACCGUGGCCAGCGAGAAGGAGAUACUGCUGUCCGCGCUGGGCUGCUCGCGGGUGCCUUGGAUACUGACGCGGUACCUGGAGAACUCGAUGUCGGACGACUACGGGAUCCGGAAGCAGGAUGCCUUCCGAGUGUUUCUUUCCGUGUCGGACAACGUGGUAGGGCAAGCGCUUGCAUUCGAUUACAUGCGCAACAAUUGGCAGAAGAUGAAGCACUACUUUGGCUCGACGAUGUCCAAUUUGAACAUCAUACUCAAGUACUCCACCAAGCGGUUCAACACCGACGCCGAAUUGUUGGAGCUGAAGAAAUUUGCCGAAACACAUCUGAUAGACAGUGGCCGCACGAUACAGCAGUCGAUCGAGCGGACGGAGGCCAACAUUGACUGGUACAACCGCAACGCGCAGACGAUCGUUAAUUGGUUGGAUGGGUUUUAAAAGCGCGCACGCCACAGACUACAGAGGCAGAUUGGGCAGAUUGCACGCGCCAACCGGAGACCGCCGUCGGACCGUCGGAAGUCUAUGGAAGCGACGUCCGCUGAACUGGUCAUAACUCAAUUUAGUUGCAAGCAGUUUUAAUAAGCGUACUUAAGAUAAAAUAAAGUUAUUCGUUAAUUUGGUAGCAAAAGGUAGGUAGACGGCAGUA